AUGACAGCCGAGGCAGAAACCAUCACUGUUGACUCGGGCGAUGACUGGGCUUCAACUUACACAGCGACAGACUCAGAGGUAACCUCCCUCCGCAGCAGUGUCUUUGAUUAUAUCUACGAAAAUGGGCGACGGUACCACGCCUACCACGCCGAAUCCGAAACGAGUUCUGGAUAUCGGGACGGGGACGGGGCCUGGGCCGUUGAGUUUGCGGAUAUGUAUCCCACAGCCACGGUCAUUGGGACUGAUCUCUCGCCUAUCCAGCCACGGAUGGUACCGCCGAACCUGACCUUUGAAGUCGACGAUUGCUGUGACGAGUGGAUGUACCGGGAGCCGUUUGACUACAUUCAUGUGCGGGGGUUGUAUGGUUCCGUGGCCGACUGGAAUAGGUUUUAUCAACAGGCGCUGAAACACCUAGUACCGGGCGGGUAUAUUGAACAAGCCGAGAUGGGAGUUGUGCCCACAUCAGAUGGCAGAAGCCACAUUGGAACCGUUUACGAGAAAUGGGGCAAAGCUAGCCUGGAGAGCGGUGAUCGAUUCGGCAAGACCCUUCGCAUUGUCGACGAGUCCAAGCAGCGCAUGAUCGACGCCGGAUUCAUCGAGGUGGUCGAGCGGCGAUACAAACUACCGAUUGGGCCAUGGCCGAAGGAUAAGCACCUGAAGACGCUGGGGAAAUACUUUCGGUUGGUGAUCGAAGAGAGUAUGGAAAUGUGGAUGAUGUACUUGUGGACCAAUGUGCUGGGAAGCCGAGGUUGA